CCGACUCCGCGCUGUGACGGUCGAGGGAGACGGCGACGGUCAGCGGCUCCGCCAGUAGUCUGUGAGGAUUGUGCGGGACGGCUCGAUCUCUUUCUUGCAUUCCGUGCACAUUCCAAGCCCGUUCCGUGGUCACUCUGUGACCGUUCUGUGUCCGUUCCGUGAUCAUUCCCUGCCGGUUCCGUGUCCGUUCUUUGUCCAUUCCGGGUCCGUUCCUUAUACGUUCCGUGAUUAUUCCCGGCCACUUCCGUGACUGUUCCGUGACUGUUCUGUGUCCAUUUCGUGUCCGUUCCGUGUCCGUUCCGUGCCCGUUUCGUGGUAUUUCACGUCCGUUCCGUGCCAUUUCCGUGCUGUCACGUGCCGGCCUAGCUCCACCAAUCGGCGCGACGCUCGGCUAUUAUGAAAGCAGGAACUCGGAUUUUCGACAUAUCGAAUAGGCCAAUGGGAACGAUGGAGGACACUCCUGGAUUCAGCAUGGACACCCGAGAUCCCAACAACCUCAACCUUCACCUUCAGGUGCUGUGGGACGACAUCAUUGCCGAGCCGGAGGGCAUUCAGAGCGGCGACUGCACGUGGCGCACCUCCUACAAGUGCUUCUACGGCACCAAGCACUGCUGCUACCGGGUGCUGUCGUUCAUCCUGGGCCCGCUCUUAGCCUGCUGCCUCGGCUGCCAGUUCGCCUGCCUAGCAUUCCAGCACAUCUGGUGCAACACUCCGUGCUUGCGACAGUGCAAGAUCAACUGCAACUUCGUGCGCGCAGUCAACCGCGUGUGCAUGCAGGCCACGCUGGCGCCCUGUUUCGAUGUCUGCGGCAUGAUGUUCCAGCGAAUUCGAGUGCGCCAUGGCCCUCUGCCCUCCGAAGAUCCGAAAGAGGAGGACCUCUUUGUCGUGUAAACGCCGCGAAAGCGCAU